AUGGCCACCAUCAACCACCUCUCCCUACUCCUCUUCUUCACUCUAACCCUCUCACUUCAUGCUAACCCCAAUCUCCACACCGCCGACCACCGUGCUCUCUUAACAAUUCUCCAAGACCUGGGUGUCUCACCGGAGCUCCGUCGACCGGACAACCUCUGCAACACCGCCGGGAUAUUCUGUGAACGGAGAAUUUCAAUCAAUUCACAUGUUCUUAAGGUCACCGGAAUUGUCUUCAAAGCUCAAGGGCUAAGAGGGGUUCUCUCGCCGGCGAUUGGGGAGUUGUCGGAACUCAAAGAACUGUCUUUCCCUAACAAUUAUCUUGUUGAUCGUAUCCCAUCUCAAAUCAUCGAAUGCCGGAAACUGGAAGUUAUUAACCUCCGUAAUAAUCGAUUUUCCGGCGCGGUCUCACCUGAAUUAUCGUCGCUCCUCCGCCUUCGUAUCCUGGAUCUUUCUUCCAAUAAGUUCUCCGGCGACUUGAGUUUCUUGAAGUAUUUUCCAAACCUUGAAAAACUCUCUCUUGCUGAUAACAUGUUUACCGGAAAAGUACCGGCGUCGUUACGUUCCUUCCGAAACCUCCGGUUUUUCAACAUCUCCGGCAAUAGUUUCUUGGAAGGCCCGUUGCCGGCGUUAAACCAAUUGGAAUCUCCGUUACCGGAGCUGAAGACGAAGAGGAAUACUAACUCCAAGCGUGUUCCAAAACGUUAUAUCUUCGCUGAAUCAACAAAUUCUUCAAGCAAUCAAAACACAAGCUCUAACCCUAAUGACUUCCAAUCUCCGGCUCCAGCUCCGGCGCCGGCAGAACCUCCGAUAGGGUCGCCUCCAAAGCACAAACCCAAUCAUAAAGCCACAAAGAAACUGAUGGGUUGGAUUCUUGGGUUUUUUGCUGGAUUAUUAGCAGGAAUUCUUUCCGUUAUGAUCUUCACAGUUUUCUUCAAAUUGGUUUUUAUUAUGCUUAAAGGUGGCGUAAACCAGGUGGGUCCGGCGAUCUUUAGUCAAUUAAUCAAGGCGGAGGAGCUCGCUUUUCUUGAAAAUGACGACGGAAUUGCGUCACUGCAAGUCAUCGGAAGAGGUGGUUGUGGAGAAGUUUACAGAACCGAUAUACCAAAAGGAAGAAUCAAAACAAUCGCCAUUAAAAAGGUCACACAACCUCCAAAAGAUGCUGCAGAGCUCACUGAAGAAGACACCAAAUUCCUCAACAAGAAAAUGCGUCAAAUCCGAUCGGAAAUCCAAACCGUCGGCCAAAUCCGCCAUCGGAAUCUCCUCCCGUUACUCGCCCACGUUUCCCGACCGAACUGCCAUUACCUGGUUUACGAAUUCAUGAAAAACGGGAGCUUGCAAGACAUCCUCGAAGAGGCUAACAACGGCACUCGAGAGUUAGACUGGCUCGCACGUCACAAGAUCGCGAUCGGGAUCGCAUCCGGGCUCGAGUAUCUUCACAUACACCACACUCCACGAAUCGUCCACCGAGACCUAAAACCCGGCAACGUGCUUCUCGACGACGACAUGGAGGCUCGAAUCGCCGAUUUCGGUCUCGCCAAAUCCAUACCGGAAGCCGACACUCACAUGACGAGCUCCAACGUUGCAGGAACCCUCGGCUACAUCGCCCCCGAAUACCACCAGACGAUGAAAUUCACCGACAAAUGUGAUAUAUACAGCUUCGGGGUGUUGUUAGGAGUGUUGGUGAUGGGAAAGCUCCCGUCCGACGAGUUUUUCCAACGCACGUCGGAAAUCAGUCUGGUAAAAUGGAUGAAGAAGGCGAUCACUUCGGAAGACCCAAAACAAGCGAUCGAUCCCAAUCUGUUCGAGAACGGAUACGAGAAACAAAUGCUUCUGGUUCUCAAGAUCGCAUGUUUCUGUACGCUGGAUAACCCGAAAGAAAGGCCAAGCAGUAAGGAAUGUAGGUCCAUGUUGGAUCAAAUCCAGCAUUGAUUUCCGUACAAUCACCAUGGAUGUCCAUAAAUAUUUUAGUAACUGUGUAUAUCAG